GUGGGGGUCCUCCUCGCUUUAGGCUAAAGGAUACAAUUUCCCCCUUCUUUUCUAAUAAAUUAUCCGCAACAACAACAACAACGACGACGACAGUAAUUGUAAUAAAUUAGUAGCCACUUAUUAUUAGCCUACGUUUGAGUUUUAGCUAUAGACUGUCUAAAAUGUGUUUCGAACUUGGACAAGUGGAGCGCUGAAGAAUCCAGACUGGAGACUCCACGUCGUACUUUCCCUCUCUCCAUUCAUGUGAAGCGCUGUUUCAUACGUUCAGUGAUGCCUCUGCAGCCCACAGACGAAACCAUACAGGACGAUACUACAGUGUAUGGGACCUUACCAUCCAAGUGGCGUCCUAUAUGAUAAAUCCCGACUUGUUACAUUCUUGAGGCAAAGCAGCAAUUCCAGCGAAAUUCAGAGGAUUACUCUCGAAGCGGUUAUCGGACGGUCUGUGUUGUCAAGGUGGAGAGAUGUGCAUGCACCGAGGACGAGGAGCCUGGAAUUAAGAGAGAGAGAAAGAAAAGAUGCCGAAGAUGAGACAAUAAAGAAGAGCUAGUGUUGGGGCCUGUGCAGACUUCCCGCGGCAGCAGUUAGAUGUGCACGUCGACCCGGCCACGAUGACAAUGAAAGGCAUGUCCAGCAGCCGUAGUCACCACCACACGGUGACUUGCGACCCCUCUUACAACUCCAUGACCAUGGGGCACUCGGACCGUCGGUCCUACUUUCUCAACCCUGGGGAGGCUCAUCCUGCUGACCACCCCUGUUACACCCAGCGCAACACCUUCCAGUCUGAAUGCGAUGCCUACCCUGACCUGGCCAGCUGCACCUUCCCUCGCAGACAUUACAGCUCUCACCAUGACCUGAAGGAGGAGUGUGGCCCUAUGGUGUCUUAUACUGGGCCAACAGGGAACAGUAAGGGAGGUGGAGGAGGUAGUGGAAACAACAACCGAAUCCCUUCUAAUCUACUAGAGCAGUUUGAGCGGCAAGCACCGGUGCAGCGUGAAGGCUACCACACACUGCAGUACAAGCGCACUGCAGUAGAACACCAACGUAGUGACAGCCCUGGUCGAAUCCGCCAUCUUGUUCACUCUGUCCAGAAGCUUUUUACCAAAUCCCACUCCCUGGAGGGGCCAUCAGGGUCUGGUGGUGGAGGGAGUGGGAGGAUGAAUGGCAGCAAAUCCAGUCCUGAUGACCCACCCUCCUCUUCUGGCACCCUGAAGCACAGUAAGCGCAGUAAGAGCAAAGACCGCUCCAAGUCGGAGCCUAAGAUGCACACUGCUAUCUCAGGCUACUGGAGCUCAGACGACACGCUUGACCGGGAGAUGUGCCUCUACCCCCAUCACCAUGGGGGCAGCAGUGGAGGCCUGCCUUCAGGGGUCAUGACCAUGGGGCGCCACCCGGACAAAUCUCAGUCGCAGUACUUCAUGGAGUCCUACAACACUAUCAGCGCCCACUCUCUCAAGACAUCACGCAGCAACAACGAUGUGAAAUGCUCAACAUGCUCUGGAGGCAGCAGCGGAGGUAUGCCACUGGUGGGCACCCUGGAUGGCAAAGUGCAGCUGAAUAGGAGCUCGUGGUCUUCUACUCUGACGGUGAGCAGAGCAAGAGAGGUCUAUCAGAAGGCCUCAGUCAACCUAGAUAAAGCUCUAGUGAAAGCCGAGCAGGGACGCACCUGCCACUUCCUACAGGUGCCUCAGGAUGACUGGAGCGGUUUCUCUCCACUGGGGAAGGAUGACGAGAUCCCGUGCCGGCGGAUGCGCAGUGGCAGCUACAUCAAGGCCAUGGCAGAAGAAGACAGCGGCGACUCGGACUGCAGCCCCAAACCCUCACCCAAGGUCCAGGCACGACGAGCCAGCUACCUAAAGGCCACACAGCCGUCCCUCACAGAGAUGACCACACUCAAGAUUUCCACAGAGCACUCGCCCAAGCUUCAGAUCCGGAGUCACAGCUACCUGCGGGCGGUGAGUGAGGUUUCCAUCAAUAGGAGUCUGGACAGCUUGGACCCGGCAGGGCUGCUGGCCUCGCCUAAAUUCCGCUCGCGAAACGAGAGCUACAUGAGAGCCAUGAGCACCAUCAGCCAGGUGAGCGAGGUGGAGGUGAACGGGCAGAUCGAGGCAGUGUGUGAGUCAGUGUUCAGUGAAAUGGAGUCGCAGGCGGUGGAUGCCCUGGAUCUGCCCAUGCCCAGCUGCUUCCGCAUGCGUAGUCACAGCUACGUGCGUGCCAUAGAGAAAGGCUGCUCGCAGGAAGAGGAGGAGAGAGGCGUCAUGGUGGGCAUCAGGAGGACCAACUCACCCCCGCACACCACCACCACCGUCAGAACCAUCCAGAGCAGCACAGUGUCCUCAUGCAUCACUACCUACAAGAAGACUCCUCCCCCAGUCCCACCACGGACCACACCGUCCAAACCCUUCAUAUCCAUCACGGCACAGAGCAGCACCGAGUCCGCUCAGGAUGCCUACAUGGACGGGGGCUCCGGCCCGCGGACGGGCAUAAGCUCCCAGCCGGGCCUAUCCAACUCCACAGAAAGCAUCGACAGCAUGAAGGCCCUGACAGCAGCCAUAGAAGCGGCUAAUGCUCAGGUGCACGGCCCCGCCAGCCAACACGUCACCAACAGCACCAUCACCAUCACGGCCACCGCCACCACCUCUGCCAUUGCGCACGUCUCCACGGAGAGCAAGGCGCAGAGGGAAGCGUUCCGCAAGUCCCUCUCCAUAGGGAUCCAGGUGGACCCAGAGGAAGGAGGGCCAACGGAAGAGCAGUCUAAAUUCCAGUCGAUAGGAAUUCAGGUGGAGGAUGAGCGAUGUUACCGCAGGAUGACCCGCUCCAACAGCGUAACCACAGCAGUGCAGGCUGACCUUGACGACCCCACAGGCGCCCCAAAGCUGCCGCCACGUCACUGUACCACCAUGCCGCGCCAGCACUCCCGCGAUGCUGCCUCUUCUACCGUAAGCAUCCAGGGCUCGGGGAACCACUACCACGCUUGUGCGGCUGACGACUAUGAAGAGGUGGGGUUCGACCCUUCAAUUCUGCCCCCUCCAGACCCAUGGAUGGACAGCGUGGCCGAGCCAGAGGUGGAGGCUCUGGAGGCUGUCGGACGAUCAGUGUGCCACCGGGACGGCCGCUGGUUCCUCAAGUUGCUGCAGGCCGAGAUGGAGCGAAUGGAGGGCUGGUGUCGACAGAUGGAACAGGAUGGGAUGGAGAAUGAGCUGCCUGAUGAGAUCCUGGGGAAGAUCCGCAGUGCAGUGGGGAGUGCCCAGCUGCUUAUGUCCCAGAAGUUCCAGCAGUUCCGGGAGCUGUGUGAGGAGAAUCUGAACCCAAAUGCACACCCACGGCCCAUCUCCCAGGACCUGGCAGGGUUCUGGGACAUGCUCCAGCUGUCUAUCGAGAACAUAAGCCUGAAGUUUGAUGAACUCCACCAACUUAAAGCCAACAACUGGAAUCCUCUGACCCCGCCAGAAAUUCAGGAGAGAAGGAUGCCCCCUCCUGUGCCAAAGAAGCCCCUGAAGGGCCACCACCCUCCCCUGGCUAGGGACCGCUCGCUGGAGAGCUCUGAGCGCCAGCGUCUGGAGGCUCGUAAACGCCUGCUAGCUGCCAAACGUGCCGCGUCGGUUCGGCAGAGCUCUGCUACCGAGAGCGCAGACAGUAUCGAGAUCUAUAUCCCAGAGGCUCAGACCAGACUAUGAGACACGCAAAUGCAUGUACCCACACACAUGCGCAAUACACUGUCCCAUACACUCUAUAGCACUGAAUGGUAAGGCUAGGGUGCUAACACAACAUAAUUACAUCUUUUGCGGACUAUCCAGAUCACUGUGCGGUCAGUCACAAUGGAAGAAAAACACGAAAUGUACAUUUACAGUAUUUAUUUAUUUAUUUAUUAUCCCCAAACCCAGUUCCCAAAUUUUAUUCUCCCAGCUUUAAUGUAGCAGUCCCUCCUCUUCCUGUACCUCCACCUGCCCCUCACUGUCAAAGAAGUAUCUUAUAAAUCCCUUUCUUUAAGUGGCCUAAUAUUGCAAAGUAAGCCAGGUGUAGCACAGCAGUGAUGCUUCACGUUAUUAUAUUCCAGGUGCCAAGAAUCAGAGGAAAAAAAGAAGAGAGCAUGCAUGUGGAAUGUGUGUAUGUAUGUAUAUGCAACACACACAACAAGUGAUUUAUUUGGUCUGAUCUGCAGCUCAGAUCAAAUGUAUUAAAUCAAAUGGAGACACCAGACCUCACAUAUUGACUCAUAUCCAAGAUGUAUUAUCUGUUAUGUAUUUUAUUUUUUGUAUUUUAUUUGUAUGAAAUCCCACGAUCUGAUUCUGAAAAACCAUAAGCUGAGUUUUUUAAUUUUGAGGCCAAACUUAUGAAAGAAAAUAAUGACCAGACAAGGAAACUAUAGUGUCAGGUAGCGACACAAUUCGCCCUCUGUCUGAAAAUGGGUCUUUUUCAGCAGCAAGAGGCUUCCCCCCCUUAAAGGUCAAGAGGUCAGAUUUAGCUUCUCCAGGUGAGGCAAAGUGGCUGUUGAGCCAGGAGCAGAUUUUGUGGUUUUGCAAAGAGUGUGAUUCACUGAAAGAACCACUGUUUAAAAAUGCCACAAACCUAAUCUGUGUGUGUGAGUGAGAAAAUGAGUGUGUAUCUGUGGUAUGAUUCAGAUGUUCAAUUCAAAAGUGCUUCCUAUUUUUCUAGGUCUAAAGGGUCCUAGUUGUAAUUGAAAAUUAAGGUAGCAGUAUCAACAAACUGUAAACAAACCGCCCAUCUUGUCUCAGUUGAAACUGAGCAAAACAUGUUUGUAUAAAGAACAUACAGUAUAAUGACAUGACAUGCAUGCUGACACAAGGUAACUGAUAUUUUCUGUAUUUUUUAACCAGGUUUAAUUGUCAUGUUGCAUUUAAACUCUAAAGUGUUACAGACAAUGCUAAAAUACUGAUAUUUGGUACAAUACUGGUAGUUGUACUGUAUUUUAUUAUGUCAUUUUUAGACAAAACAGUAUUGAGACUAAAGGACUGAAAAGGGACUAUUUUCUCCUCACUGUGUGCACGAUCUCUGCCUCCAAAAUGAAGCAAUUAUUUAAAGGUCAUUAAAAAAAAUCUAAUUUGUAAUAUUUUGUAUUCAUGUUUAAUUUAUUGAUUAGGAAAACAAUGACUGUUUAUUGACAUUGUAAUUAUUAUUAUGCACUGACAACAAGGCCCUUAUACUGUGUUUAUUUAUGUUGAUUCUUUAGCAUGACAGGCACCUUUUUGUCUUUUCUGUUUCAGUGAUCAGCCUUAAUUUCUAAUAUGAUAGUCGAGCACAACAGCAGUCUCAGGGGAAGGUGUGUGUGUGUGUGUGUGUGUGUGUGUGUGUGUGUGUGUGUGUGUGUGUGUG